AAGUGGGUCCCGUCGGGAGCGCGGCGCUGCGCGGGGCUGCGCGGCGCGGGGGCAGCCCCUUCCACUUGCCCGCCUGGAAGAUGCCAGCGGCGGCGGCGGCGGCGGCCGAGCCCAUUGUCUGCUGACCUCCCGUGCGCCGCCUGCCCGCCCGGCCCCGAUGUGCGAGGCGCUGCCCUAACCCGCCCGCCCGCCCGCCGCUCGCCCGCUCGUCCGCCCGCCCGCCCGCCCGCAGCCGCCCCGCGCCCGGAGCGCUUCCCCGCCGCCGCCCCGCAGCCGCCACCGCCGCCGCCGCUUCAUGUUUGGCAUCCAGGAAAGCAUCCAGCGGAGCGGGAGCAGCAUGAAGGAGGAACCGCUCGGCUCCGGCAUGAACGCGGUGCGGACCUGGAUGCAGGGCGCCGGCGUGCUGGACGCCAACACGGCGGCGCAGAGCGGCGUGGGGCUGGCCCGGGCGCACUUCGAGAAGCAGCCGCCCUCCAACCUGCGCAAGUCCAACUUCUUCCACUUCGUGCUGGCGCUGUACGACAGGCAGGGGCAGCCCGUGGAGAUCGAGCGCACCGCCUUCGUGGGCUUCGUGGAGAAGGAGAAAGAGGCCAACAGCGAGAAGACCAACAACGGGAUCCACUACCGCCUGCAGCUGCUCUACAGCAACGGGAUCCGCACCGAGCAGGAUUUCUACGUGCGCUUGAUCGACUCCAUGACCAAACAAGCAAUAGUAUAUGAAGGCCAAGACAAGAACCCAGAAAUGUGCAGAGUUCUGCUCACGCAUGAAAUAAUGUGCAGCCGCUGUUGUGACAAGAAAAGCUGUGGCAACAGAAAUGAGACUCCAUCAGAUCCAGUGAUAAUUGACAGGUUCUUCUUGAAAUUUUUCCUCAAAUGUAACCAGAAUUGCCUAAAAAAUGCAGGAAACCCUCGGGACAUGCGGAGAUUUCAGGUCGUGGUGUCUACAACAGUCAACGUUGACGGCCAUGUGUUGGCAGUGUCGGACAACAUGUUUGUACACAACAACUCCAAGCACGGGCGCCGGGCUAGAAGGCUUGAUCCCUCGGAAGGUACGCCUUCUUAUCUGGAACAUGCAGCUACACCAUGUAUCAAAGCCAUCAGUCCAAGUGAAGGAUGGACUACAGGAGGUGCCACUGUCAUCAUCAUAGGAGACAAUUUCUUUGAUGGGUUACAGGUCAUAUUCGGCACCAUGCUGGUUUGGAGUGAGCUGAUUACUCCUCAUGCAAUCCGAGUUCAGACGCCUCCCCGACACAUCCCUGGUGUGGUAGAAGUCACAUUGUCCUACAAAUCGAAGCAGUUCUGCAAGGGAACGCCUGGGAGGUUCAUUUACACCGCUCUGAACGAACCCACCAUUGACUACGGCUUCCAGAGGUUACAGAAGGUUAUUCCACGACACCCCGGUGAUCCCGAGCGCUUGCCAAAGGAAGUAAUAUUGAAGAGAGCGGCUGAUUUGGUAGAAGCUCUCUAUGGUAUGCCACAUAAUAACCAGGAAAUAAUCCUGAAAAGAGCAGCAGAUAUUGCAGAAGCACUGUACAGUGUUCCCCGCAAUCACAACCAGCUCCCAGCACUUGCUAACACGUCCGUCCAUGCAGGGAUGAUGGGAGUGAAUUCCUUCAGUGGUCAGCUAGCCGUCAACGUCUCCGAAGCCUCGCAGGCCACCAGUCAGGGUUUUACUCGCAACUCGAGCAGCGUGUCACCGCACGGGUACGUGCCAAGCACCACCCCUCAGCAGACAAACUACAACUCGGUCACCACGAGCAUGAAUGGCUACGGGAAUGCCGGAAUGUCAAAUUUAGGCGGUUCUCCAACCUUCCUGAAUGGGUCUGCUGCCAACUCUCCCUACGCCAUUGUGCCGUCCAGUCCAACCAUGGCUUCCUCCACUAGCCUCCCCUCCAACUGUAGCAGUUCCUCUGGGAUCUUCUCCUUCUCACCAGCCAACAUGGUCUCAGCGGUGAAACAGAAGAGCGCUUUCGCCCCUGUCGUGAGACCACAAACUUCCCCUCCUCCCACCUGCACCAGCACCAAUGGGAAUAGCCUGCAAGACCAGUCUUUUGUGGACUCUAGCAAGUACUCCAAUGCAGGGUCUCUCCAGGGGCUGGCCUUCUCCUGAAGUACGUCACUCAAUCUUCCCUUCCUUUUCUUUCUUUUUUUUGGUUUUGUUUUUCCUUUGUCAUAGUACAGUUGUGCAGAAAACCGACCAAGAGCUCUAGUGCGUCAUGGCAAAGAGACAGUUGCAAAGCUUGGCUCGAGCCUUUUGCCUCGAGUAAAUACAUCAGGCAUACUCCAAACUAAUAAGAGCAUUUCCCAACUUCGUUUGUACUGGGGCAGACAUUAGCUAGGCGUGAUUAAUGUACUGUCCAUAAGCCAAUUAAUUUCCAAAGUGGUGGAGUGUCCCUCUGAAAGCCUCUUCAGCUGUUCUUAAUAAGGGAGCUGCUUCUUUCCAGUGUCCCUUCCCCUCUGGUUCAAAAAUAUUCCCGUUGUUUUACUGAAGUACGUCUUGGAGAGCUAAUGCAAGCUGGUGAACAAGAGAUUAAGCCAGUCAGAGCUGGGACUCUGCAAAGAACACAAGUGUCUGCUUCGUUGUUCGGUUCAGCCUGUUUUGCACCCUAAAAACCCUCCUUUAUCAUUCCCGCACUGUCGUGCCCUGAGAGAGACAUACAGUUUCAGGCUCACUUAAUUUGGGGGAUUUCCAGGAGCAGAUGCAGCCAGCUGCCUCGAAUUGUGCUGGAGGUGGAAAGGUUUUGUGAUGCGCGUUGUGUUUGAGGUCUGCUUUCCUUCCCACGUGCCUAUGCAAGUUGUAUAAGGAGCUCCGGGCCCUUCCAUUGGUAGGAAGUUGCUCUUCCAAACGUGCAUGUAACGCUCCAAAAAAUCUGCGUGGUCCAUUGUCCACCGGAGAAGGAAGGCAGACUCCCAGCCGUAGCCGAGGUCGAGUCGUUCAAUGAGCUCCCUGCGCGUGUGGAGUGGAAAAGGUUCAUUCAUAAAAACGGGAAUGUGUUACCACUACAGAUUGUGCUCAGUGCACUUCAGGCUAGUAAAGGAGAGGUAUGAAGAUUUCCACUACAAUAAAUUGUAAUCCGGCUGGAAUUCAAGACUAGAUGUCCCUGAAAAGCCUCCUCAAAUGCAGGUCGGGUGCCAGACACAACCCACGGUGAGGUUUUUACAACAGCUGGACCUAGAUGUGCAGGAUGUGCGGUACGUUUUAAAAUAUCCAACCUUGCCAUAGUUGGCAGCUUUAAACCGCGUUUCUGUGCAGCUCGAAUGAUUUAGUCUCCUGAAUAAUACCGAGAACUAAGAGUUGCCUACUUUGAGCUUUUCAGCUUAUUCGUGUCUCUUCCAUCUCCUCCCCUCCCCUUGCCACUCUCUGGAGCGGGGCGGGGGAAGAGAGGCAGCGAUGGGAGAAGGCUUUUCAUUUCGCCAGCCGUGGCCUUCCAGCGUUCGUACGCCGUACGGUGGAAAGCAAUUACGGAGCGACGUUAGAGCGCUGGCCGCUCGUUAUGUCGCACCCUGAUUUGUAAUGCCCAGAAAAUGCACCAUCUAAGCGUUCCCCCUCAUUUCUAUUGAGCAAUUCGGUUUCAUAAUAGGGAGCGAGACGCCAAGAGACGGUUCAUUCGUAGGGCACCGCUGAACUUCAUGGUGAGUUCGACACGCAGCCUUUAGCCCCGUACCUUCUGACACUACCCGAGGCAUGCAAUAAGUGCUGCGAAACGCGCUGCCUGUUGUGUCUUAGUGCUUAAAUAAACAAUCCUGUGUAAGGAGGCUGUCUUAUCUCUCUUGGGCUUCUGGUUACAUCAGAAAGCAAUCAAGCUUUGCUUAUGUAGCUCAGAUAUCAGCAGAACUCGCUAGAAGAACAGCCAUGCUUAUCUGUUGUUCUCUUUGCCAUGCAGUUUUGUAAAACUUGAAAUACAUUAUUUGUGUAAUUUGCUGGCAGCAAAUACAAAUUAGCAUGUGAUGAGAGAAAUAAUACCCGCUGAUGGAAGGUUUUCCUUGCUCUCUCCCCCCGCGCUUCCCUUUUCGGAGGAGCUGUGAUCUCAUGCCUACAAUAUUUCCCUCUGAUAUCUCCCUUUUCAGAAUCAAUAGCACGCCGCAGCGGCGCAGAGACUGCGUGACCCUAUAGACGGAGCACUUAGGGAACAAAAGUAGCAGGAUCUAAGUGAGGACUUGGCAGAAUGGAAAUACCAAGGCUUUUAGGCAGAAGAGAUGUCAUUUUGCCAUUUGACUUGUAAUUUAAUUCAGAAUAGCAGAGUUCGACGGUAAUAAUAAUAGCAGCUCCUUGAAAACCUACUCGUGAUGUACCUCCGCGCCAUUUUGCUUCCAGUGGCGCCGGGUGCCUCUCUGUCAUUUAUCCAAGAGGCAAUGUUAAAACAUCAGGAAGCGGGGUGGGGUCCUCGGUGACGGGAGGGUUCAGUCUGGACUCGGAGGAAUCAUAGGCUGGAAGGGACCUUGAGGGAUCCUCGAGUCCAACCCCCUGCUCUGGGCAGGAUACCACGGAGAUCAAACGAUCCCAGCAAGGCGCCCGUCCAGUCUCCUCUUGAAGACUUCCAGGGCUGGGGACCGCACCUCCGUGGGCAGUCUCUUGCAGACUGUGGUCAUCCUUACCAUGAAGAAGAGUAAAAAGAAAGAGCCACCGCAGUCCUUUGCAAGCAGAUGUGCCCAAACCCUGUCCCGCUGCCCCAGGAGAAGGCUGACCUCGGGCAUUCGCACUCGGUUCAGGCACGUCUCCAGACUUGAGGAAUGACUGGAGGGGAAGGAGGGAGAUUCAUAGAUGUUAGGGUCGGAAGGGGCCUCAGUAGAUCAUCGAGUCCGACCCCCUGCAUCGGCAGGAAAGAGUGCUGGGUCUAGAUGACCCCAGCUAGAUACUCAUCUAACCUCCUCUUGAAGACCCCCAGGGUAGGGGAGAGCACCACCUCCCUUGGGAGCCCGUUCCAGACCUUGGCCACUCGAACUGGGAAGCAGUUCCUCCUAAUGUCCAGUCUAAAUCUGCUCUCUGCUAGCUUGUGAGAGGAGGUUAUGUACCUUCUAAAUUGAAAAACAAAUUAGCUUUCUUUUCUGGGUCUGAAGUUUUAAAAUGUCGAUACCUUUAGUUUAAAAAGUUUUAAAAAAUAAAAAAGAGGAAGAUUAAAAUCCAGCUGCAAUAUUUUGGCAGGAUCCAAAUGAAGCAUUUUGAUUACACCCAGUGGUGAGGUUUGGGGUGGGAUUUUGGUUUUGUGAUUUUUUUUUUCCUUAAAUUUUGAAUUUUUAGCUCAAUUUGGGAUGGGAAAAUCCAGAACUUGUUCUUGGGGCUGGAGAGCUGCUUCCCGCCCGGCCCCACGGGGGUGUCGCGGGUUUGCCCCUGGGCUCCUUGUUUGCUCCGGGGAAGAGACGCCGUGCAGCGGGCCCGAGCCUGACACCAUCUGCCCCCCUUGUGCCAGCUCGGCUGCGCUUGCUCUGCUGCAGGAUGGGGGCAAAACCCCACUCCACUAGUUGCCCUUCCCUUCCCCUCCAUAUCUUGCCCCUUGUAGAGGCAGAGGAGUACCAGUCUACCCCACGGCUGCUCUCACCCCUGCCUUGUAGCCCUGUCCGGUGAAAGCUAAGAAUACUUCCUAGCAUCUUCCAAUACGUGUGACUUCAGGCCCAAAUUGUCCCUGCAAAUGGGAUGCCUUUGGAAGGGAGGAUAGUCAGCUUUUCCUCUCCAGUAGACCAGGAGCAGCCUUGAGUGGUCCAGCCUCCCCCAGAUCCACUUAGAUGUCAUAUAUUAUCCCCGUCAAUUUUAACAAUAAUCUGGUUGCCCCUGUAGCUGACAGGGCCUUGCUUCACCCCUUCCUGAGCAUGUCUUCACCUUCAUUGAAGGGACUUCUCUGGGGAGGUGGGGUAAGGCUGGGGGGCGAUAGCUGGCAGUCACGUUCCUUAAUACAUGGUUGGAAAAUGCUCAGAUAUGAUGAUGAACGUGGUAUAAAAAACACUAGAAAAGCAAAGCAAAGCUCUACCACUGGGGCUCUUGGACAGGCCCAGGUAUAAAUGCCCGCCAUUAUUCCCGUGGCACUUUCUCAUUUGAGAUGUCUGCCUCCUCCCCUUCCACGUAGCAAGGAAACAACCUGAGCCAUAGCAUUUGCCUAGCUUCCCCACCGUCCCCAUUUCUCUAAUAAGCUAUUGUCAUGCCACCCAACGUGCAAAAAAACAUAAAUGAGACAACACCGUGGUCUGUCUGCAGUUUUAUGUUUGGAAACCCCAUCAUUCAAAAUGGUCCCAAAUAUAACCUCCAAGAUGCCCAUUGCAGCGAUCGAGUGUUACUGUAGGGUUGUCCCCUCUCCUGCAAACACAUGGAUGCGUUUUGCAUUCUUGCCUUCUCCUCUCAUUUUAUUUCAUUUAAUCAAUGCAGUUUACCCGAGCUGCUUUCCCCUUGCUGAUUAGACUUGUAAUUCUUGCACAUAUGGUGGUGUUUGUGGAGAAAACAUUUCCCUCCUCUCCCCCCCAACCCCAAAUCUGUGAGUCUUUCACUUUGGCUCAGUUCUUAUCAAAUGAUUGCAGCUGUAAUUAAAGCACAAUGAAUUAGAAGCAGUCCCAGGGCUGAGUUCUUCCUUAAGAAAUCACUUGCCCAGAUGUAGGAGAUGGCAGGCAGCUCCGGUGUUUAAAUCAUGUGCCCAUGAAGUGCAGCCACCCUGAAGUCUAGUGUGCCUUUUAUAUCCUGUUGCAAAUAACCCAUGCCACUGACAUUUUAAAGAUUCAGGCUUGUUAUAACUUCCGCCACGCAGCUAAGUGGCUACCUCCUGCCAUGCCAGGCAUCGUGGCGCUGUAUCGUUCAGCCGCUGGGCACAUCUGUGCCCGGUCCGGCCGGCCAGGCGAGGCGUGGGUUCUGGUUAACGACAGCAGACAAAGCUGGAAGUGAAGCUGUGUAGGAGUCGGUAUUCUGUAUCUGUAGCUAUAGCUCUUCUCAAAACACCUUCCCUUUUAAGAAGGCCUGUAAACACUUUGGAAAUUAGACUAGAAAGAAUUUUAAAGUAACAUUAUUGAUUCAACUUCAAGCCACAAGCAAGAGGAAAUUCGAAGUUGAGGCUAACACUCGGCUCUUCGUUUGCCUCCGAAGACACGGGGAGACCACAGGCUGAAGCCAUGCACAGCGCAAACCCACGCGGAGGUGGAGGGUGGAUUGCAGAUUGAACGAGCGGCUUCCUUGGGUCUGCGGGCUGACGUUGCUCCCAGGCCCCAAGGAAACGCGUGCGCGACUCCCAGGCUCGAACACACAGCUGAUACAGCGGGAGAAAGCUGGGUUAAGAGGAGGAUAUAGCGCAUCAGUGUCCAAAAUGUAAUAAAUGCACGAUAACGGCUUUUAUAAACGCUCUUGGUUUAUGGGAUGCCAGACGUCCGCCCACACAACAAAUAUCUGUUCCUAAAGCAAAAAACCCAAGCAGAAUUUAUACAAAAUCUCCCGGUAUUUUCCCAAGUUUCGGCUUCCUGAGCUUUGCCAUCAGCACUCAGACUCUGCAUCUAAGAGCUGAGAAGGAAGGAAGGGCCCCACUCUUUUCCUGGGUUGCUUACACUGGAAAAUCUGGCAUUUAAUCCUGAUUUCCACCGGUGUAAGUGAGAGCAGGAUCAGGGCUCGUGUGUUUAAUGUGUGUGUUGUUGCAUGUACAGAAUGAUACUUGUGCGUGAGUUCAGCUCACCGUUCAGAUGAGAAGGUGGCUCGUAAAUGUGUAAAAAGGGCGGGUUUAUUUGGUGAACUGGUGUCGUGAUGCACAAAAGUCACUUUUUUCCUUUGUGUUUUUUUUUCUUCCUCUCCCUUCCUCA